GGGGUGGUGUGGGGAGGGUGCGGGUGUGUGGACCGGCAGGCGUCGGCAAAGUGGGCUCGAAGGGAGGUUCCCCGUUUGUUUCUCCUUAAGAAGGACGAACUCUGACCACAGUGCACAGGUUUUCAUCCCUGGGGCAGGUUUGUGAGCUUAGAGUUAUCAUGGUGCCACAAACCUCGCUCCUUGCCGCUGCCGAACCCGGCGAGGGGUUGACCGUAGCAUGAGUCCAUGAAAAGCACCCUAGUCCAGUGUAGCUACUGCCAGAGGGUGUUUCAAAUCACAUUGAGCCAAAAAAGUCCAGUGUUUUCUUCAGCUGCAAACAAAAUGAAUAUCCCGGUGCUGCUACAUCCUCACCAGUGCUUCCUGAAAGGCCUUUUGCGAACACCUUUCCGACGUUACCACUUCAUCUUGCACUCAAGAACUCAUCUCGGAUUAGGAGGCCCAUGUGCUCGGCCAUCUGAUUCUCUUGGACUUCCUUGUACAAAGUGGAUGCUGCUGUCAAAUGGUUUAAAGAGACAAUUAUGUGUACAGACAACCUUAAAGGAACACACAGAAGGACUUUCUGAUAAAGAACAAAGACUUGUGGAUAAACUUUAUACUGGUCUAACCCAAGGGCAAAGGGCCUGUUUAGCAGAGGCCAUAACUCUUAUAGAAUCAACUCACCAUAGGAAAAAAGAGCUGGCCCAGGUGCUUCUUCAGAAAGUAUUGGCCUACCACAAAGAACAAGAACAAUUAAAUAAAGGAAAGCCACGGGCAUUUCGAGUGGGACUGUCUGGGCCCCCUGGUGCCGGAAAAUCAACCUUUAUAGAAUAUUUUGGAAAGAUGCUUACUGAGAGAGGGCACAAAUUGUCUGUGCUGGCUGUGGACCCUUCUUCUUGUACCAGUGGUGGAUCACUCUUGGGGGAUAAAACCCGAAUGACUGAGUUAUCAAGAGAUAUGAAUGCAUACAUCAGACCAUCUCCUACUAGAGGAACUUUGGGAGGCGUGACAAGGACUACUAAUGAAGCUAUUCUGUUGUGUGAAGGAGGGGGAUAUGACAUCAUUCUGAUUGAAACUGUAGGUGUGGGUCAAUCGGAAUUUGCCGUUGCUGAUAUGGUUGACAUGUUUGUUUUACUGCUGCCACCAGCAGGAGGGGAUGAAUUGCAGGGUAUCAAAAGAGGUAUUAUUGAGAUGGCAGAUCUGGUAGCUAUCACCAAGUCUGAUGGAGACUUGGUUGUGCCAGCUCGGAGGAUACAAGCAGAGUAUGUGAGUGCACUGAAAUUACUCCGCAAGCGUUCAGAAGUCUGGAGACCAAGGGUAGUUCGUAUUUCUUCCAGAACUGGAGAAGGGAUCGCUGAGAUGUGGGAUAAAAUGAGAGAAUUCCAGGAACUGAUGCUUGCCAGCGGAGAGCUGACAUCCAAACGACAGAAGCAGCAGAAAAUCUGGAUGUGGAACCUCAUUCAGGAGAGCGUGCUAGAACAUUUCAGGACCCACCCCACCGUGCGGGGCCAGAUUCCUCUCCUGGAAAGGAAGGUGCUCAGCGGGGCCCUCUCCCCAGGGCUAGCGGCAGACUUGUUGCUGAAAGCUUUUAAAGCAGAGACUAAUGAGAUGUAGGCUACACGGAAAUUGUACAUAUCAUGUCAUGAAUAUUAAAAGUGAUGCUUCUGUGGUGCCCUCGGCCUUCCUGUUUGUGAACCGUGCUUGAAAACUGAAGAAUGUUAGAUGUGGAUGGCCAAGGUCAGGUGGUCGGACAGUGUUCGUAAGGUGCCUAUUUUACUGAUUUCCAUUUUUUUCUGUUCCCUUCUAUUCUUGUACCUGGCACGGUGGCCUGUAAAGUAGUUUCUUCUCAUCAGUCAGGAGCAGAGAAAGCUGAGUGGUAGAUCGUGUACCUUAAAGUACCUCCUUUGAUUCUGUGUUCUCUGGGAAUUUCAAGAGAAUCUGGAAGCAAAGAGUCACCACAUUUCUGAGGCCAGAACGAUACACAGAGGGUUUCUAAGAGCUGAAAAUCAUGAGUGACUGCUCCAAGCAUUUCUGAAAUAGCCAUGUACACACAUGACAAAGCAGUUGGAAUGUGCUGUGAUGUGAGCACAGCGUUCAGGUUUCCUUAUCUGAAAAUGAGGGUAAGAAAAGCUACUUUACAGGGUCGUUGGAAUAACUAAAGGAGAAAUUAUAAAAUGGCUAGCGCUCAAUAAUUGGUAGGUGUUGCUAGAAAUAUUACACUUGGGCACGCCUGCCAGGUCUCUGUUCUAUAUAAUACAGACUGGCACCAUUUAAUUUUAGUUUGGGCAAACUGCUUAAUCUCCUUGUGUCUCACUUUCCUCGUUGGUAAAUGGGUUGACAACAGUGUGCACCCAGAGUUUUUGAAAGGACUAUUUUAUUUAACAUAAUGCCUGGACAUAGUAAGUGCUAAAUUAGUAUUUACCAAUAGUCCAUACCUCUUAGGGUGGUGGUGAGAAUAAGUGAAUUAGUCUCCCUCCAGCUUAGAAGGAUAAUUCUUUUCUGAAGAAAACCUCAUAGGUUGACUUUGCCUUUGUCAAAAGCUUAGUUACCACUAAUUUAUGUAGGUAGGCAGAAAUAUACUGUGUUCCAAACUGAGCUCCAGAAUUGUCAGGCAUGUUGCUAAAACCAUACCAAAUUCCAUUAAAGUGACUACUGUUCCUUGUAUGGUUACAGCUGCGGGGAACGUUAGCGAUCACCAUACAGCCUAGCAAGGAACUUUCUCUUCGUCAUCGCUCUAGGCAUGGCUGCUUACCUCCUCCCCUGAGCUCUGUAGCCAUUGCCCGGGCUACACUGAAGACAAAAGCUGGGGAACGCGUGGUGGCUGGCACUCACUCUGCUAGCAUGUCAUGCAAGGAAAAUGAAAAGCAAUGAAGAAGUUGAAAUUUUUCUUAAAAAGGAACAAUCUGAAAGAAAUUUUAGCCUAUUUGUCUUUCUUUGCUUCCACAAUAGUAUUUUGGUUAAUUGGUUACUAAAUUUAUGAACUUUUUAAAACCCAUUUGACAUAAAUGUUGGUUAUAAUCCUGACCCAUGAGGCAUAUAUAAGUUUAUAAUACUUUCUUGGCACUAGUGGUAAGUCUGACAAAAUAUCAGAGUCGGUACAAAAGUAGUUCUAAAAUAUUGAAUUUCUCCCCCCCC